GUGCUAGAGAUAGAAGUUUGCAAAUGUGAAAAAUAUAAAAAAAAAGUUGAUGUAACAAAAACGUGAUUGUGAAUAUUUCUUCGAAAAUCGUUUAAAUCUGCAAUCUAGUUGCGGAAUUUGUUAGUGUUUUAAGAAAAUUGGUUAACUUGCUGUUUGUUAGAGCUCCGACCUUUUAACAGGGAGAUAAACGAAAAACGAUGGAGGAAUAUGCACGCGAGCCAUGUCCUUAUCGGAUUGUGGAUGAUUGUGGUGGAGCAUUCGCUAUGGGUUGUAUAGGUGGUGGUGUUUUUCAGGCGAUAAAAGGUUUCCGAAACGCUCCUUCUGGAUUCAACAGACGACUGAUUGGCAGUUUAACAGCAAUCAAAGCCCGCUCUCCAAUUAUCGCUGGAAACUUUGCAGUUUGGGGUGGAAUGUUCAGUACGAUAGAUUGCACAUUGGUACAUUUACGCAAGAAGGAAGAUCCCUGGAACUCUAUCAUUAGUGGUGCGGCAACAGGAGGAAUAUUGGCAGCUCGUAAUGGCGUCGGUGCAAUGGCUGGCAGCGCAAUUAUCGGUGGAGUGCUGUUAGCACUGAUAGAAGGCGUAGGAAUUAUGUUCACCAGACUAUCCGCCGAGCAAUUCCGUUCACAGCCAAUCGCGGAAGAUCCCUCAGCAUUGGGCGAUCCCACACAGAAUGCGAGCACAUCUGGAUCGACAACGUCUUCGAUGCCAUUCGGUUUCGGUCAGUCAGGACAAAAUUAUCAAUAGGGCACCAUUCUUGGUUUGUAAGGUUUAGAUUAUACUUAUAAAUUAAUUAAGAAAAAAUGGGAAAUUUCGAGUGAUUGCUGUUUCUAAUCUCUUGUAUAUGUGAGUUCGACAAACAGAUCAUUGUAUGUCACAAUAGAGGCAACCGUAAUUAUGUGCCUGUGAACAUAUGCUAAGUACUGUCGGAAGAAACGAAUAAUCUUUUGUUUUAAUCAAUAGCAAGUCACUCCUAAAUUCCUGUGAUCUUUACCUGAACGUGACUAUGUUAUUUUACAAUAUUGAUUAAACCAAGAGGCUUUAUAUAAGAGCGAAAUCAAGUUGCAUAAAACGAGACGUGACGUGUUUCUAUUUGAAACAUUCGGUAUCAAGUUAAAAACGAUAUCUCCAGUGAACAAAACGGUCGAACGACGUGGGUUAUCCUGCAAGAGCGAAAAUAGAAUCGGUGGUACCUAUGCUAAACAUUAUUGGCGCACAUCUACUGUUCGAACGUUGAUGUACGCGUAUAAAUUGACCAAUCCAGAACUGCGGGUCAUUUCCGGGUUCAACCGGUUUACUUCUGAAUAGGGCCGAUAACAAACAAUUGAAUUAUGCACCUGAGAAGGUAACCGCUAUUACUGGCAUCGUGCGUGUGAAAAGAAUGAAUGUACAUAUGGCAAAUAAAAUAUACUGUUCCUUUUUCACCUUAA